AACACGGCGAAGAGCAGCAUCAGUCAAACUCGGCGCUCUCACGGUUAGCUUGAACUUGGUUGGCUUCGUCACCGCCAGAAGAUUGGCGUUUGUUUCGUUUUGGGUUUUUUUUACUCCCUCACUUUUAAAGACAUUAAAUGAUUUACCGGCACAGGAGUGAAGAUUUUUUUUUCGGCGUCGAAUGAGUUACAACCUAAAACUGGCAGGUUGUGAGCUACAGGGCCAGGAGCAUGACCGAGCAGCAGGAGCACGCUGAAGAAACAGGCCUGCUCUCCACACAGGACCUGGAUUCCUCCAAGGACGAGGAGGCGCACGGCCACCUCAGGUUUCAGCUGAUUGAAGAGCUGUCUUAUGAGGAUGUGAAAAAAUGUUACCGUGGCUCGACUGUCAGCAAGUACAACUCGCAGUACCACAAACUGUUCCAGUGUGUGCCCAAGGAUGAGCUCCUCAUGAAAGUGUACUCCUGUGCUCUUCUCAGAGAUAUCCUCCUCCAAGGCAGGCUCUACAUUUCAAGAAACUGGCUGUGUUUCUAUGCCAACCUUUUUGGCAAAGACAUCAAGGUGGCCAUCCCUGUUGUCUCUGUGCGGCUGGUGAAGAAGCACAAAACCGCGGGCCUGGUGCCCAAUGGCUUGGCUAUCACCACCGACACCGGCCAGAAGUAUGUAUUUGUGUCACUUUUGUCAAGAGACAGUGUCUACGACGUCCUUCGUAGGAUCUGCACUCACCUACAGGUCAACGGGAAGAGUCUGAGUUUAAAGCAGUACAUGGAGGAGCCCACCUUAUCACUGGAUGAAUUCCCGGCUCCCGACGAGUUCCCGGCAGAGGACGAAUUUCCGUCCGUGUUGAAGUGGAGAAGGAAACCCUCGGUGGUGUCCGUGUCCUCCUCCCUUCCUGACCUUCUGGGGAACUCAAGCAGCAGUCUGAGCACUGCCAACACACCCUUCAAGUUAGAGCAGCCUCUGGAAGAGCGAGCUUUGCAGACAGACAGAGGCCUUUUAUCCGAGCCAGUGGCAGAGCUGGGCCAGAUGGAAUACCAGCUGCUGAAGUUCUUUACCCUGCUGAUCAUUCUCCUCAUCCUGUCCUCGUGCUACCUGGCAUUCCGCGUCUGCAGUCUGGAGCAGCAGCUUUCCUUCCUCAGCAACCCACAUUUACCCCUCAGAGAGAGGUAACCUUGGCUCCUCCUGGCUGCUGUUCACUCUUCCCACACACAAAUCCGGGAUCAAACUGAUCACAAGCUUAAAGACCUUCCCUCCACGGGACUGGCGAUCACUUUGAGACUAUGCAAACAGCCUCUUUAUUUGUGUCUGUUAAAAAAAACAAAAAACACCCAUGACUUUGAGGUGAAGAUAAUCCAAAACAGGAAGUACUUGACAAGACAAUCCAUGUUACUCAUCCUUCAUCCCAAGUGAAUGCAACCAAACGAGCCGCUGACGCCAUCAUGGCACCGGACUUAAGCACUUUAAAAAAUGAUGUCCAUGUAAUUUUCAAAUUACUUUGAAGUGUUUGUGUUAUUGUUGAACGCAGGUACUCUGUGAAAGUAUUGUUGCAAUGAAGGAAUCACCCGACGGAAGGAAAUCAUCUUUGAACUGUCAUAUACUAACGCCAUGUGUGUUAAUUAUAAUAAUGUGAACGCAGUUAUUAGCUAAUAAUGCUGCGUUUCUAUUUAUAGAUGUAGUAAUCUGCUUUGAGAAUGGUUUAUUUUUAUACAUUUCAAAGGGCAGAUGGAAUCAUGACAAGUGUAAAUGAUGUUAUGUUUUUAUGAAGGAUGUCAUAUUGAUUUUGCUGACUGGUGGAAAUGUGGUUCUUGUCUGGUUGUGAAUUUAAUUCGCGACAGACUAGAUCAGGGGUCCCCAAACUUUUUGCCUCGGGGGCCGCAUUGGGUUAAAACAAUUUGGCUGUGUGUGUGUAUGUGUAUAUAUAUAUAUAUAUAUAUAUAUAUAUAUAUAUAUAUAUAUAUA